GUGGUUCCCAUUUCGGUUUGCAACGAGUACUGCCAUCCUGGCUUUCAGAAGAAAAGGAAGGAAGGAGAAAAGUUUUGUUGUUAUGAAUGUGCUCUAUGCCCAGCAGGAAGGAUUUCAAACCAGACAGAUAUGGAUGACUGUUUCAAAUGUCCUGAAGACGAGUACCCAAAUGAGAACAAAAAUGGAUGCCUGCCCAAACUUGAAAUCUUUUUGUCUCAUGAAGAACCUUUAGGGUGGGGUUUAGCCUUGGUUGCUCUCUCUUUUUCCCUGAUCACAGCCUGGGUCUUAGGAAUUCUCAUGAAGCACAAAGACACCCCCAUUGUCAAAGCCAACAAUCGGGACCUCACCUACACUCUCCUCAUCUCUCUCCUCCUCUGCUUCCUCUCGUCUUUCUUUCUUGGACGACCUGGAAAGUUGAGCUGCCUCCUCCAACAGCCGGCCUUUGGCAUCAUCUUUUCAGUGGCCGUUUCUUGUGUCUUGGCCAAAACCAUCACCGUGGUUGUGGCUUUCAUGGCCACCAAACCAGGAUCCAACAUGAAGAAAUGGCUGGGAAGAAGGACAGCAAACUGCAUUGUGCUCUCCUGCUCCUUGGGUCAAGCAGGAAUUUGUUCUGUGUGGUUAGGAACAUCUCCCCCAUUCCCAGCAUUUGACAUGCAAUUGUUGAAUGAAGAGAUUAUUGAAUUAUGUAACGGAGGCUCUGUUAUCAUGUUUUAUCUUGUCCUGAGCUAUUUGGGCUUUUUAGCCCUCGUCUGCUUCAUGUUGGCCUUCUUAGCCAGGAAACUUCCAGACACUUUUAAUGAGGCCAAGUUCAUCACCUUCAGCAUGGUGGUCUUCUGCAGUGUUUGGGUGUCCUUUGUUCCCACCUAUUUGAGCACCAAGGGGAAACACAUGGUUGCUGUGGAGAUCUUCUCUAUCUUAGCUUCCAGUGCUGGCCUCUUGAUUUGCAUCUUUGCUCCCAAGGUUUACAUUAUUCUCUUGAGGCCUGAAUUGAACACCAAGGAGCAGCUUAGAAGGUGGAAAAAAGAAUGA